UGCUGCUGUCGCUGGAUUUUGUUGUUAUUAUAUUCCCACUCCCGCUGCCAUUCCGUUCCAGACUGCCUCCUCCACACCAGUGUCCACCCGUUCGUUCCCCUCUGUUCCGCGCUGCCCAACUCUGAGCGAUGGAAGGCACCGUGCUGUGCGCGGCCAACCACGCGCCGCUCACGCCCAUCAGCUUCCUCGAGCGCACCGCGCUCGUCUACCCCGACUGCCCAGCCAUCGUCGCUGCCGGACACGCCGCCGCGCCGCCGCCCCGCACCUGGCGGCAGACCCGGGACCACUGCCUCCGCCUCGCCGCCGCGCUCGCGGGGCUCGGCGUCGCGCGCCGUGACGUGGUUGCGGUGUUCGCGCAGAACAUCCCGGCCUUCUGCGAGCUCCACUUCGGCAUUCCCAUGGCGGGCGCCGUGAUCUGCGCGCUCAACUCGCGGCUCGACGCCGGCAUGGCGUCCGUGCUGCUGCAACACUCGGAGGCCAAGGUCGUGUUCGUGGACGCCGCGCUACUGGGCGUCGCCCGGGAAGCGCUCCGCUUCAUCUCCCAGCAGGCCGGCGGAGCGAGCAGGGUACCCGCCGUGGUGCUAAUCAACGAGGCGCUCGACGAGCCGCCGCCAGCGGCGACAGGAAACGACAAGAUCCCAGGCGUCGAUCGGUGCUACGAGUACGAGGCCCUCCUCAGCAACAGCAGAGGCGGCGAUCCAGAGUUCUUGAUCCGGUGACCGGACGACGAGAACGAGCCGAUCGCGCUGGAUCUGCGUGCAGGGGGCGGUGAAUCGCGGGGAGGGGCGCUGGAUCUGCGGGCGGUGAAUCGUGAGGUGGGGGGGGUUGGAUCCGCGGGCGGACGGUGAAUCGCGUGCGGGCUGACGUGAGCGCUGAGCGGGAUUCGCGGCGUGGACGUUGAGGCGGGGGCAGUCUACACUUUACUCUUAAUAGUUAGUAGAGAUAAGUACGCGAAUAGAGGCCACACAAUUCGCGCAUGCAAUGCAAUGGAAAGUUGGAAACCACGUUCAUUUGUAACGAUGGAAAUCAAAGGUAUUUCUUUAUUUGCAAAAAAUAAUAGAAAUAAAAGUUCUUAC